CGGAAUCAUUGGUCCCGUCGCAAGGCGCCAGUCGCCGCUAGCACGCGCUGAGAGGGCAAGAGCCGCUCGGUGCGGUUACUGGGUUGCCCGCCUGUCCGCCGGCGGCCUAGAACUGUCGCUGCCGCCACCGCUGCCCGACCGACCGAGUCGCCCGCUCGCCAGUACCUACGCUGGGCCACGCUUCCUCGCCUUUCGUGCAUCCGUGGCCUUGAACUCUUUCGAGCAACGCAUGCGGUGAUCUGCGGGGUUUGCCUCACCGGCAGUGCAGCAAAAGCCCAGGUGCGCUUCGUAAUUCCUCAGUUCAACGCAUCGGAAAGACACCCUGCGCAAACCACACGCUGUCGAUCUGGCGUCUAUAGAGAGGUUGUGAAGGACGGUAUUGACGAAGGAACUCCGAAUCGCGUGCCACUUCAACUCACUGCCAUCAUGACGUUUCGAUGUGUUCGUCCUCGCUGUGAACCCGAGCUCACGAGACAGUGAAGGCACGGCCAGCUUUCUGAUGCAUGCGUUCUUCAUCUGUGUCUUUUCGCAACCACUUUGACACUGGCAGCUUAGCACGUGGCCAACGUCUGCUCUCAACCAAUGGAGAAUUACUGCAGACUUCCCUGGAGUAUGUCAGCGGCGCUACGCCGCUUUUACUGGCACGUGCUCCUACUUGCAAUAGGCGUGUCCUUACUGUGGCAGCAUGAGCAGCGGGGUGGCAGGACCGGUGGAGUAGCCGAGGCACAGAGCUGCGGGUCGCGCAUCUCAGCACGCUUCUUGCUCGACAUUCCGUGCGACAUGACGCGCAGUGCCUUCUGCAACGUCGCCGGCAGCUCCUAUCCGUGGCACGCAGUGCGGCGCUACAUCUUCGAAAACCAAGGCCUGGUGCGGCGCAUGUAUGGCGACCAGCGACACAGCGUUAUUGUAGGCAGCGAGAUAGAAGCGCGCAGGCUGCGCUACGAUGACAUGCGAUUCCACGAGCCAGAGAACCCCGUAUCGCCAGUGCAUCGUCACCGUGGUCGGGCGGCGUAUCGAGUGCGGCCCAAUAGCCGCUACGCAAACCUUCUGAAGACCUCGCCCUUGGCUGACGGCGAGAAAGCGCGUCCGCCACCGCCACCACCUCCGCCGCCACUGUCUGUGCGGCCACCCGCACACACCGAUGUGACCGCAGGUAUGGCGACCACCACAGCUGCCACCAGCCCAGCGACGACCGUGCACGCGACGGGUGACAGUCCAGAGACUACUGCGCCGGCCCUCCUCGACGGUGCCUCAGAUGGCUACAGACCAGGGAGCCCUACUCAAGUGGUGUUUCACGGUGAGCCAGUCGAUGUGGAGGCGCCGUCACGGCUUACUACAGAGGCACCAUACAGCCGGGAACCUGGAACGACCCUGACGACACCGACAACGCCCAGUCAUACGCCGGCAGCCGCCGUUACCACUAGGGAGCACGUGUCAACUGACACGUUGACAACGACUACGACAAAAGCAGCUGACUUCGAGCCUUCGUACGCGGCUGGCGAGCCGUUAACACACGAGCCAGAGCCGCUGCACGCAUACGCCACCAGCCAGGUAACUACGGCGGCUUCUCAGCCUGUCUUCAGCCUGCUCGACAGCAACAGCAUUGAGGCGCCUGACAGGGACGACUCAUCGCACAACCAUGGUCGGCCAGUGACGUCUGCAGCCUCUGUCAACCACCCGCAUGAUGACGCCGAGGAGGACGUCUCCACCGAGCAGCCUCCUCAGGCUGAGCCUCUUAGGAGAGGCGUGAACGCGUGCCCUGUGAAGCAGGAAGUGCUUGCUCCUUACUGGGCCAACAACACGCGUGGAAAGGUGCUGGCUCUCCUCAACGUCUACCCCUUCGAGCAGUAUGUACAUGCCGAGAAAUGCGCGUUUGAAAAUCGGCAGAUGUUCUGCCGAGAUGGCUGCCGUUGCGAGCAACAGUUUCGCCUACACCGGUUGCUGGCCUUCGAUCCUCGGAACGAGUGUCGGGGAAUUUUCGCCGACUGGUUCCGCUUUCCAUCUUGCUGCGUCUGCAUCUGCUACGAUCUCGGUUCUCCGUCUUCCCGGUGGACAUCUUCUGUUCGAGGAACCUGACAUAAUGCAACUCCAACCUCGUCUUUAGUGCCAAAGCUAAUUUAUGUGCAUGUUGCUUCCAGAGUCUCGAGUAAAAAAUCAAUAAAGUAUAACAUAACUAUGUUUCACAAACCA